AUGGACGCUGGCCUGGCCAUGCCAGCCUCAGGGCUCUGGGGAGGAUCCUACCAAGCACCUACUGCUAACAUGACCGGACACGCCGAGCAGGAUCGGCCGAUUGCUCCCAGCUCAAACGCUUCACGCUCUCGUAUAGGUAUGUGAAUGCAGUAUCCUGUUCCUCACUACAGAUGGCUGCUAACGACAAUCAUAGCCUUAGGCCAACAUCCCUUGCCCCGCCAAACGAACGACUUCGACAUGGUCGAUCAGGCCGAGCGACGAAUCCCCUUCACUCCAGAGUCGAGCACCGCAGCCUCACGGCCGCAAACACGUUGGUCAAACCGAAGCUCACUUCUUGACCCCAGAUGUAUCUAACAUGUCCUAGAUCGCCACACCACCGCCCGCCGAGCAAACGCAACCGAGGAGGAUGCCGAAUUCAACGAAGGCCAAGAGGAUGCCAACGACGGAGACUAUCAGCCCGAGGAGGACGCACCUCCCACCACAGGAGCCAUCCCCAGACCCAGCCGGACACGCCCCUGGCAGCGCUACGAGACGUGCCACGAAAAAGAACAACGCCUCCGGGACAAGGUCGUUCUACGCAUCGAAGCCCUAUGGACAUCGGAUCCGACGUCGUGGCCGACCCACGCCGUCUGCCCGACGCCCGGCGCCCUCAACGAGGACGAACGCCACGGCUUCUCCCACGACGAACGUCUGCGCCCUCACCACUGGGCUCGAACCUUGCUCUCUGCCGUCUUUAAGCUCGCGGACGAGACCCGGCCAGAUCAGAAACCCCGGAUCGCCAAGCUGCUACGACGGGCCGUUGAAGAGAGACGUCGGACGAGUCCGAAUUCCUUUCCGUUCAUGUACAGUCGCGACGCGGAGAGAGUUCUACGGGAGGUGCAGAAGAAGAAGAGGCAAGGACAGCAGCAGCGUGGUGCCGCGAGAGCGAGAGCUGGACGGAGAGGAGUCCCCGUCAAGGUGGAGCGGAAACCCGCCGUAGUAGCAGCUCGGCGGAGAGCGCAGGGUUCCGCGCUUCUUUCGACGAAUCUCACGGGCGCGGAGGCGGAUCUGCUGGCGAGUCGGUUCAGUCAGUAUGCGCAUUAUCAGCGGAUUGCGGAGGAGCAGUUGACGAGGCUGCCGGGGGCUUUGAAGAGUAAGAUUGCGGGGUCUAGUUCGCAGAUGCCGAUUGAGGUUGAUCAUGGGCGGGAGGGAGAGGAGGGAGAAGAGGGGGAAGAGGAGGAGGAGGAAGAAGAGGAGGAGGAGGAGGAGGAGGAGGAGGAGGAGGAGGAGGAUGAUGAUGAGGAGGACGAGGAUGAAGAAGAGUGAUGUCUUCUGGAGUGGGAAGGAAGUGGAUGCCUCGAUUUCCAAAUUUUGGCGGCACUGCAAAGCCUCGCAACGUUACACAAUGGCCAGCCCCAGGAAGCGAGAUAAGUAGGAGAUUCCAAUAUUCAGAAAGUGUUUGCCGUGAGAGACCCGUAUAGAUUUGUGGAACGUCUUUUACUCGUAGUGCGAAUAUGGCGAAGAUGUCUCGCCCGAAACGAUGUUAUUCUGUCAUCGCCUGACGCGUCUUAUAUCCCAGUUACCAUCCUUAUGGCAAGCAGUCGUCCCGGAACCCCGUCAACCGGUACCAUACGAACUCGAUCACGAGCGCUUCAGCUUCGGUUGA